CCCAUCCUUUCUCUCACUCUCUUUCUGCCUCCCAUCCUUUUUCUCAGUUCAUUCCUUGCUCUAUCUCUCUCCUAGGCCCUGCUGCAGAGUGCUAGUUACAGGGGGAAGUGGAGCGUGAGGGUGCAUGGGUGAUGAUUAGGCUUGGUUAAGAUUAUUUCCCAAGUUCCCUCACUGCAUUUAUGAAAUAACUUGAAAUUAGCCUGCAUUUUUAAUUGGAAAACAUUCAUCAACCCAUCGACCCCCUCUACACACACAUACACACACAUAGGGCCCUUAACCAUGCUGAGAGAUGAUCAGAGAAGUCAAUAGUGCAGCCUUCUCCGGUUCAUCAGAUGACAUGAAACCCCAGGCUUUAAUUAACGGAAAUUAAACUGGUCUCUACUGCAGGACACGACCGGUCAGAAGGUUAGGCCAUGGUGUGCUUGUGUGUGUGUGUUUUUGUUUGUCUGUGUGUGUGUGUGUGUGUGUGUGUGUGUGUGUGUGUGUGUGUGUGUGUGUGUGUGUGUGUGUGUGUGUGUGUGUGUGUCUGUGUGUGUGUGUGUGUGUGUGUGUGUGUGUGCACGCGCAUCACACUCAGCCCACUCCACUUUUUCUGUAGUCAUCAGUAAUACAAAACAGCCUGUUCCCUUCAUCCACAGCGAUCCUGUUUUGAAGGUCGACCAUUGCAAUAUCGCUUUAGGUUUUGACCCCAAACGGGGUUUAAUCUCUGAACCAGGCCCAAUGUGUUGUUUACACCUCCAGACUGACCGGCGGCUUUAUGGAGUGUGUUAAACCUCAGCUCAGAAUUCUUCCUCUGUGUGUUUAUGGACAGGACAUGCAUAUCAUAAAAGGCUAGUCAUAAGCAGUUAUAACUACAAGAAUGGAGAGGGACACUUGUCCUCUUCUCCUCUCCUCCUACCCACACACUCACUCGCUUACACACACACACACACACAGACACACACACGCUGGCUCCAGAGAACCCCUUUCUGUGACAGUGGCCCCUGGCCCCUGCACACGCAUCAGUGCAGGCUGGGGUCACCCUGUCACCCUCUAACACAGGGUUAGUUGAGAGGUCCUGUUGGGCCUCCUGUCCUCUCUACUCCCCCGUGUGUCUCCCCUCUCUGUCCUCUGUGUGCCCCCUGAACCGCUCUCUACUUCCCCCUGACCUUUCUCUCCCAUCAACCCCAGAGCUACCCACAUAGAGGGUCAUCCAGUUAUAUGAAACUACUAAUGCAUCUGCAGCACUCCUACUGUACAGAGAGCCAGAGAAGGGGAGAGUUUGAAGGGGUCUCAAUGCUAAUGGAAAUAGACUAGGGACUGGAUGUGUGCUUGUGUCUUCGUGUUCUCCUGUUCCCAGAGUAUUCUGUGUUUUACGGUUUAUCUGUGUUGUAUCUGGCUGCUACUAGAGAGCCUGUUUAUAUUACGGAUUCCAGACAGCGGUGAGAGAUGACCUGCCACCCUGUACCCGCUUUCCUUCCCAAACUGUCCCCUCUCCUCCGUGUCUCUCUCUCUCCCCCCUCACUCCUACAGCUCUGUUAUCAACUACUCGCAACUAGUUAUCUCUCACUUGGCUCAAGUUACGCUGUGAUUGACUUGUUUUCCCUAACCCCUUACAAUUACAUUAAGUACUGCAUGAAAUGAUUAGCAUUUGGAAUGGAGUAGCUUUUGGGACUUGUGAGAAGAUCUAGACAACUUUCAUUAGCAUUUGUUCCAUACGUUUGACACCCCUGGCCUACAUUUAGAUGGUAGUACAGAGACAAUGGAGGUGGUAGUAGUAGGGGAGAGAAACGGAUUCUCUGCUGGUACUGGACACUGGACAGUAGAGAAGGGAUAGAUAGAGGGAAUAGAUGGGUAGUUCUGGUCCUAGUGGUUGUGUGUGCUCCUCUACUACAGCCCUGAUGCCAGAUGGAAGCUCUCCCGCCGCUCGGCUUUGCUCUGCGCUGGCCGGGUCAUUUCCUGUCAGGAGGCCUGGUGUUAAUCAAGCCCUGAGCCAGGGGGAACGCCCUCCAGACCCCCUUUUACUCCCCUAGUACUGCUUCCCCUCUCCUCCACAGCCUUUACUGCUCCCCUCGCUUCCCUCUAUUGCUACCCCUCUCCUCCUCUCCAAUUCCUAACUGGACCAGCAGGCACAACAGGCUCAUCUAAGCGCUCGUCCCCACAGACCUUAGGACAGGGAUAUACAAUACCAAUAUCAGUAAACUUGUGACUCAUUCAAACCCACUAUUCCACAGUAAUAGCUCCUCUGUUACACUGUUCCUUAGAAAUAACAGACAGGGGUCAAUCUGUUUCAGCAUCGUUGGUGUAGCUGCUUCCAGCUGUGCCCACAGCAGCGCCUCCCUCAGGUGGAGGAGAGAAAGAGCAGCUGUCAGUUGGUUCUCCCAGCAGCAGCAGUCAGUACCUAGAGAGAGAUGAGUGUUCUUCCUGUGCUGUUGCUGUUCCACUACCACAAAGGAAGGGGAUCCAGGGACUCUGAUAAGCUCUGUUGGUGUGGUAAUCCUGAGGAGCUGACUAUGGAGAGGGCCCAUACAGCAGUGGAGGGGGUGUUUGAGACCCUCAAAGAGUUGAGCCAUGCCCGAGACCACCUCAAACAGUUCACCUCCGUCUACACAGCCAGCGAUGGAGUACAUCAGGUGAGCCGGCCACACCCCAGCGACCACGGCCUGCUCUUUCUCUUCCUGGUGGGAGGAGUCACUCCCUCUGAGCUGCGCCUAAUCCGCAAGGUAGUCUCCGCCCACAAGCCGGGCACUCAGGUGCUGGUCCUCUCUACCAGACUGUUGAGACCUACAGACGUCCCCGAGCUGCUCUUCACCACCCAAAGACUGGUGCCAGACAUUGGUGUGUGAGCAUGGAACAAGGACCACGCACGCACACGCACGCACGCACGCACGCACGCCUCUACCACUCUUAGGGUGUGGAGAGGAGAAAUGAGAGGCUCCAGUGAGAUUGUGUGGUUUGGUAAUGGACUGGAGUCAUGGGUGUGGUGAGCAGAAGUGGAGGUUUAUGAAUUUGAAAAAACAGAGGAUCUACUUCGGCUUUUUUCAAAGGCAUUCCCAAAUGUUUACUUCAGUUGUGUUACGUGAGAGUCCUCUCCCUUCCCUUGUACUACAUUGUAAGGCAACACUUAGGUACUUAUGGAUUCUCUCAUUCCAAACUGUACAGAAUGUAAACGUGAUCCAAUCUGGUGUAAUCUGAUCUUGAAGCUCAACUCCAAACAGACAGAUGACAUUCAAAUCAAGUUACUUUAAUACGUGUUUUGUUGUUUACAUUCAAUCUGAAUACGUUGAAUAAAUCUUGUAUAUUUGUGAAACUCAUCCAUGUGAAAUG